AUGGCUGGCCAAGUGGAAUAUCACGUCCUCGAAAUCCGUCGAAGCGAUGGCUGCGACACCGGUCCUGGAUAUUGGCCCAUAGUCGAACCCGCCAAGGCUCCCAAGAAGACAACCAAAGAUGGGCUUGAGAAGGUGACGAGGGCGAAGCCACAAAUGGUCCGUCUCGAGGCGGACGACCCGCGAUUUGUUGAAUGGAGGGUAAAGCUGGGUAUUUUACUCAAGCAAGAGAUAUCCCCAGAACCGCACGAAGGAUUACCGUGGUAUGUAGAAUUCCCACGGGGAUACUGGUUAUACGAGAGAUCCAAGGUCCUCUGGGUUUCCGGAUACCCGAACAAGAGCAAGCUAUUUAGAACGCCCCAAGAGUUUGGCCUUCAUCUUCUUUGGCUCCUUGGAAAUUCUGACGACCGGAAGGACUGCUGUUGUAUCCAUUGCAAUAUCCUCCCAGUUGCGAAGGGUGCUACGGGCGCCGACGAUGAGCUUGUCGUUGUGAAACCAAAGACCACUGCCCAACCUCGUGGAGCUCCCACGGCUACUACGGCGACGAAAGCUGCACCCGCACCAGCUCCGGCCACCACCGCUGUAUCUAGUGUCCCUGCCCAACCCACCCCACUAUCCCAAGUAGAUGGUGCGGUAUCGAGGGCGCCUUCCGUCACAGCGUCUCUCGCCGCUGCCCCCGCCCACGGCACUCCCCAGCAAGGCGUGGCCAACACUGCACCCGGACGUCCUCCGCCCUCUACAGCUCCUGCUCAACCGGCAGUGACGCAGGCGACCGUCACUCCCGUGGCGAGCCUGGCCGUGCAGGGGGCCGCCCAACAAGCCAAGGAGACGAUAUCCCUCCUCUUCCGGACAGGAGAACUGGUCUGGUUUACGAACGGCCAGAAUUGGAGACUGGGUCUCAUAGUACAAUCAAACGGCGGAACGCAUCAAGUCGUACCCAUCGCUCACGGGAUGAUCAUACAGCCACCCGUCAGUAGAACUGACAAGGACUUGCGGCCUUUCUACGCCUUCACUGUGCCUCCUCCUAUGCGAGAAGACCUAAAGGGCCGUAGCUACGAUGAGAUACCGUGGGGCGAAUUCAUAAAAGGUCUAGCGGCCGGUCCCAACCCUAAGGGGGAGUUGAGCGUCCUGGUUCUCGAUGCGUCGAAGCUGGCUGCACUUAAGAUUGACCAGUCCUACUCUCUUUUCACGAAGUUGUCUCAGAACGAUAUGCCCGCCUACUGGGGUGUCUUCCUCGGCGCAGAACGCAUCGAGAUUGGUGACACCUUGCGGGUUGCCGCCCCGCAAAACUACGCACACGAACCCGGCGUCUAUCUAGGGCUCGAAGCAAUCGUCCUCCAGCCAGGCCAGGGUGUUCUCUACGGGGGAACGCUCUACCAAUUGAAGGAGGGACCCACCGGACAAGGCGGGGUGGGCGAGAGCAUCCACGAACAGGGCCUACCACGCGCCCUACGCGAGGAAGCCGUCUGGCGCAAGAGCGUAGCCCCGGAUGUGCCCGUGGACUACAGAUAUCUCCAACCGAACGCGUGGUUCCGCGAACAAGAUGUCAAGGGCCGAUUUUACCCGACUCAUCGUCUCGCGCCGAUCAUGAACCCGCAACUCUUUACGGACGCCGUGCAAUCUCGGAACUUGGCGCAGGCGUACCCGGCGCUUAACGGACGUUUGGACGCGGCGGCGGGGGCGGCGAAGAUUAGCACUCGGAAAGCGAACCGGGUGGAGACGGCGGGACCCUCGAUUCCUCACGGCAUCAGGUUUGCCUUUGAGCCGUAUGUGCAGGAGGAGGUUUCUGCCGGUGUUGGCGGGGUGGCGGCCGAUGCUCGUGUUGGUGGCUCUCAGUGA